UUUCCCCUUCACGCACCCUUCUUUUUUGGUUGAGGUUCUUGCAAAACAUCACCGAAAAUAUGUUUUAAUCCAUCCACCCACCGUUCCCAAUUUUCCGUGCCCUUCAUUUUUGGCAAAUUUUAGUUUCAAACCCUCACUUUCAUUACCUUUAACCCCAUUUCCCCUUCCCCCAUUUUCUUCAUUUGGAUUAAUCUUUCCCCGACAAGGGGGGAUUUUCAAUCCGGAUUUUCUUGCCUUCGAUUCUUCUCUGCUUCUCUUUCUACAGGAAUUAGGUCAGUUCUUGAUGAAGCAGAAAGAAAUCGAAGGUUUUCACUCCCAAUUCCGCUUUAAUCCUUCAUAAUCGUUAAUGGGUGUUUCUGUUUUCGAUCAUUUCAUUGAUUUCUGAGUUGGGUUUUGGAGAUUGAAGAUUUUCUUGAAGAAUUUCCAAGUGGGGUUCGUCGAUUUUGAAAGUGGAGAGGUUCUGAAAGAAAUUCUGGCUUUGGGUUUUCCCUUUUGUUCUUUUACCUUCUUCGCUUGAUUAUCACUAGGGGGUUAUGUAAGGUUGUUUUCUGCAUUGAAAUUGCUAGGUUGUAUAUUUCUGUGAAUGGGUUUAUUCUUGCACAUACAAAAGUUUAGGUGAGGUUAUCAGAUAUACCAUAGAUUGGGAGAGAAAUCUUUGGGGAAAGAUGAAGUUUCUAAGCCUUGUUGGGAAUUCCUUUGGGUGUUCUGCAUCUGGGGAACGUUUAGUUUCAGCUGCAAGAGAUGGAGACUUGCAAGAAGCUAAAGCUUUAUUGGAAUAUAAUCCUCGUUUGGCGAGGUACUCAACUUUUGGUGUACGAAAUUCUCCUCUUCAUUACUCUGCAGCUCAUGGCCACCAUGAGAUUGUUGCUCUUUUGCUUGAAUCUGGGGUUGAUAUCAAUCUACGGAAUUAUCGGGGUCAGACUGCCUUGAUGCAAGCUUGUCAGCAUGGUCACUGGGAGGUUGUUCUGACUCUUAUACUUUUUAAAGCCAAUAUUCACCGAGUGGAUUAUUUGAACGGAGGUACUGCUCUUCACCUGGCUGCUCUGAAUGGUCAUUCUCGGUGCAUCCGACUUCUGCUUUCUGAUUAUGUGCCUAGUACCCCAAAAUUUUGGGAUAUGUUAAGUAGUAGGUCGAACGAUGAAGAAACGGUUUCUAAGUUUGACUUUAGUGGUCUAAAGGAGGUAGUUAACAGAACAGCGGAUGGAGGCAUCACAGCUCUGCAUAUGGCGGCGCUAAAUGGGCACGUCGAUAGUUUGAAAUUACUUCUGGACUUGGGUGCCUCUGCUUCUCAGGUUACCGUAGAAGAUGGAACCACCAUCGAUCUAAUAGGUGCUGGAAGCACAGCCCUUCACUACGCUGCAUGCGGUGGGAACACCCAAUGCUGUCAAAUGUUGAUUGCUAGGGGAGCCAGUCUUGCCGCUCAGAAUGCAAAUGGAUGGACUCCAUUGAUGGUUGCUCGUUCGUGGCAUCGAGACUGGCUCGAGGAAGUUCUUAGCCAAGAGCCUGAAGUGGCAGCGACAAACCUCGCCCCUUCACCAUAUCUAACUCUUCCCCUUAUGAGCAUUGUUAGAAUUGCUAGAGAAUGUGGAUGGAGAAGCUGUGAUGCUGUACUUACAUGCCAAGAUCCAUGUGUUGUGUGUUUGGAGAGAGAAUGCACGGUUUCUGCACGAGGUUGUGAUCAUGAGUUCUGCACAAGCUGUGCACUUUACCUCUGUUCUACAAACUGCACAUCAUCUGUUUCUCACGGUCCUCCCGGUUCGAUCGCGUGUCCACUGUGCCGAAACGGUAUAGUUUCCUUUGUCAAACUUCCCCAAACGAAACCGAUUGCCAAAGAGAUUGCCAGAACUAGUUUAUCUCUAUCAUUUUGCACUUGUUCUGGUGAGGCACCAGAACCUGCUACAUUAACCACCCCGUUAUGCAAGCCUGAGUUCACUUGUUCCCGAAUUUCCCCGCUCGGAGCAUCGUUUCGAUCCCUCAGCUGUCAGAGGUUUCCUUCAAUGAAACUCAACCCCAAUCUCUGUAUGGGAGAUCCUGAAGGUAGCUCUUCUUUGGUUCCCUGCAAUGUUGACAGAAACAUGAGGAACAAUAAUAUUGCGAGGUGUUCGAGAUCAGGUUUCCGACGAACAGCUUCGGAAGGAAGACGAUCAUGGUUAUCUGCACUGAAUCAAUAUGUUACUACUGGAAGUGGAUGCUGAAAUUAUUGAUGACAAUACCUCUUUUCAACUCGAAAACAUUUCCUUUUACUUUGUGUUCGGUGUCCAUAUAUUUACCCAAAAUCC